CAAGGGGUCAGUUUAUAUUUUUAAGCCAUUAUUAUUGUUGAACGCUGUGAGUGACAGCACGCGUUGUCUCCACAGAACUCCGUAGUGAUUCAUUACGAAAUUUUUCUUCUGCAUCAGUUCUUAAGUGAAACAAUUUUAACAAAAAGACAAUGAUUCCUAAACACGCGUGCCUAUUGAUUAUACUGUAUAGUAUCAUAACAGUGAAAUCAUGGACCUUCAAGUCAUCAUUUGAAGCUUACACAACCAACAUGCACAAUCCUGGAAUCUGUUUGGGAAACUGCAUUCAGAACAAGUGCACCUACGAUUGGCACGCUCACGAAACUGAGUGCAGAGGGACAUCGAUACCUACUAUGAAAUAUCGUACGUUAAACAACGAAUUGUGCACGAGUAACUGUGGUAAUUUUGACGGUGAGAGCUAUCAAUGGUGUACCAUCGGCACAAAUGAUUGGGGUUAUUGCAAUCGACUGAUUGCACGGACAGCCACUGAAAGUUACAGAACUCACAAUGACUACGUGUCGUGUUCCGACGCUUGUGCAACUCGUGGGUAUAGCUACUAUUGGUGCCAUGCUGUUGUCGACAAAUGGCAGAAGUGUUAUCCAGAAAAAAAAAUACUUCUGAUAAACUAUAGAACUAAAGAUUAUAAAGAAUGCAAAACUCCUUGUGAGAUUUAUAAAACUAGUGAUUUGCCAUAUUGUUAUGAUAGCAGUGGUACAUGGCAACAAUGCUUUUUAAAUCCCGCAUAUCAAAAUACCCUGGACGAGAUUGACCAAAAUUUAAGGAGAUCCUGUAAGCCUGGUGGAUUUUUUGAAGAAGGGUACCGCUUAUGCCAUUUAAAGACUAAGCGUGCCAUAACUGAGUUAGACUUGACGUGCACGCUUGACGUCGAGGCCGUAGCCUCCAGACAUGAAGAGAACAAUCCCACUGUAUCAGUGCGCCAAUGGAGCAGCCUAAGCCCCAUCACUGCAGAUACUGAUCCCAUAUAUUCGUACACAGUGUUCCCCGUCCCAAGACCUUUCGGAGAAGAUCAGUUAAACCUACCGUUAGUGGUGCGUGCUGUGAUAACUACUAACACCUUGCUCCCUGUUGGUGCGGGGCGACAACGUUUUACAUCGGAGGUAACGCGCUAUUACAGAGAUAUGGACAUCAUCACGGGAACUAGUAAUAACGAUGAGAGGGGACACAUAGUCGCAUCUAGGCUUGGCGGUCCGAUGGAAACAUACAACAUUUUCCCACAGUCUUGGCGCCAUAACAGAGGCAGUGGUUCGAAAUGGUUCCGAAUGGAGGCAAGCUUGGACACGUUUAUAAGAGGUCAUGAUGACCGACACGCCGAAUUCACGGCUGUGCUAAGUUAUUCCACCGAUCUAAACAAUAAUCCAGUAAGAAGACCUAAUGCUAUAGCCGUGAGGAUACGUCUAUACGUCAGUGGAGUUUUGUCGGAUAGUGACGGAAACCCUCUGGCCUCUGCCAGAGACAACCCCUACGAAAACAUGUAUUUUUCCAACGAUCCAGAUGUUCCCUGCGAUUAACGUAUGCGCUGUCGCAGGAACAGCUAGAAACACUCAACAAUAUCGCGGCAGAGUGCGCUUAAUCGUUCGUUCUGGUCUUAACAUUACAGGCUCUUAGCUAUCUCCAAUUCCUCAAACUACUUUCAGGAUCGCUGUGAAUUUCUGAUUCCCAGAGGCAAAUCUUCAUGCUCUGCUUCAUCCUUGAACUCUUUCUUAUUUCCUUCAACCUCACACUUCAAGAUACUGGGAAUAUUAGAAUCGGUUAAUCGUUACCCGUUUGCGCUUUGAUACGCGAAAGACCAUCACCACAGGUGUUCAAGAGAUGGAUAUUAGAAGUGUUUAUUUUGUAUAUACGUGAUACCAUGUUUGUGUAGUGCAACUACUCUUAUUGGUUUCAAUUAUUACUUAUGUAGGUAUUAAAAUAUUACUGUUGUGAAUUUUUAUUUACUAGAGGCAUCUCCUUACCACUCCAAGAUUUGCACCCCUUCUGUUUAUUACAAUGUGUUUUGUGCGUAAUGAUGUUCUGUUGAUAAGAGAGAUUAACACAUUAACAAGUAUGCAAAAAUAAAAUGUAUUAUCGUGUGUG